GCGACCGAUAGUUGGCAGCACUGUGCCGCGAAACGAGUCCACGUGAACAUAUUUUGGGCAGUGAAUCACAAACUUAUGAGAUAAACUGACCCAGGAGUUCUGUGGAGUGGCUUUGGCCAAUAAUAAUUCGGGAGUGAUUCGAUUGUGAUUGAAGGCUGCCGGUGGUAUUGGCCGUUUUAAGUGAAUUUGGAGAACUGUGCUUGUGUGGGUGCUGCGGACGCGGCGCUCAACAUGUGAGGUUAAAGCAGACAGACAAACAGACGGCGGCAACGAAUCCGAAGACAAUUUAAACGGUCGUCUCGUGCCGAGAUCAAACAGCCGCCGGGAUCCGGUGCUGUGCACCACCUGCGCUUCCUAAAGUUAAUGCGAAACACUUAUAUAUUUGGAGCGUAAUGGACUCUCGAAUGCUGAACGUAUUCCAGGAAGAUCCCUUCGAGGGAAACUUUGCUAAAUAUGAAACUGAUGCUGACUUUUGGUCACCCAAUGAUGAUCUUGAGCUGACAGACACGCUCAAUGGCAUACUACCCAUCGCGCCCACAGAUGAAUCUCUGCUCACGCCCAGCCGGGAGGAGGAUCUGCAAAACAGAGAGAACCUGCUGAUCUACAGUGACUUUGUGGAGCAGCAGCUAGACGGCGAGGAUGCCCAUCUGCUUAAUGCCAAGGUUUACAGUGAGGUGGAGGCGGUCUACGAUCAGCAGCGCCAGAUUAGCGCCCUCGUGGACUACGACCGAGAUGAGGACACCCACGAUGAGGAUGACGUGCAGAGCCAGUGCAGUAACUCCACAUUUCGCACACGCACGGACAGUUCCUCCAUUGGUGACUACGAGUCGCAUUCCAGCGACUACGAGGACGAGUACGAUGAUAUUGUCGACGGAGACAUAAACAGUGGCACAGUCCCCAGCAUUAGUGAACGAAAGAUUCGCACCCUGAGUACCAAUACCAUUACCUCGGAGUUCGGUCUUAAUAUUGAUGUAAAUAACUUUGACUUGGCUGAUUUUAUCACCAAAGAUGACUUUGCCGAGAACCUCAAUGCUUGCCGCAUACAAGAGGCGAUAAAAACGCAAGCACCAGUGGAACAGGUUACUAAAACAGUGGGAGCCACUGCUCCUGCUCCUGCUCCUGCUACCACUCCAGGUCCUGUUCGUCCCCCGAAAGAGGUGAUUUCAAGGCCCGCAGCAAUUCCCUUCAAGGCUAUGAACUCUGAUGAUGAUGAUGACUCUGAUUCGAUCAUUGAUGUCGAAACUGUGGAUGUCAUCGAUGUGGACGAGACCUUGUGGGUAGCUGGCCAGGUCACCGAUGAUUUGUGCUUUGUGGACAACGUGAAGGCCGAUCCUUCCUGGUGUCCCAAGACCAACAAGAAGCCGUCCGUGCCACCCGUCAAGGAGCAUAAAUUAGCACCGCAGCAGGCAGAAGUCCCGGUUGUAGUUGCGAGUAAGCCGAGGACACCAGCAAACAUAUGUCUGGUGCCCAACAAGAAGCAAUGCGACUUUCUCAAACGAAAGGUUGGCUCCUCCGUAACGAGCAAAUCCAGCAAGUUGGCAGCAAAAAAAGCGCAGGAUGCUAUAAAAAAUGUUGGCCACAAACAGCCUGCAGCAAACCAAGUUCAAGGCAAAGGACUGGGCUCGGGUGGCAAGAACUUGUCGCUGCUGAAGCAGGAAAGGGAAGCCGCUGGUGCAGUAGAAGCGUCUGUGCCACCUUCACCCACAAUUACGCCAUUGCAAACGCCGACACCCACGCCGGCUACAGCGACUGCCACAAAGCGAAAACUUAAUCUGGAGGAGUACAAACAGCGCCGUUGUGGCGGCAGUGUGGCCGUCUCCAAAGCAAAACCCACUCCUGCCAAGCAGCCAAAGCUGGAAGCCCCUUCACCCUCACCUAUUCCUGCUGUAAAACAAACGCCAUCGCCCCAGAAGGCAGUUAUAGCCAAUAUAGUUAACAGCCUGAAGUGUCCCAGCAAAGAGGCAAAUGCCGUGCCCAUGGAUCCCAUUACCGUGGCCAAGAACAAGGUGUUGCGGAUGCUGGAGAUGAAGCGCGCUCAGCAACUCAAGAUCAUCGAUUCACGCGUGUCGGCGAAGGUGCCGCGCGUAACCAAGCUGCCGCCACUCAAGGAUAUUGUCAAGGAUACCUACUGCAUGGAAGUGGAUCCAGAGCCGACUCCAGCUCAGCCGAGCAACAAACUUCACCCAGACUACGAGGAGAUCAUCAUAGUUUCUGUAAGCUGCAACACAGACAUAACGAUACCGCCGAAUCAACUGAGCAAGGCCUCUCCGCGCUCGCUUCUGAAGUCAUCCGUCCUGCUGUACAAUAUAUCCAACGGACAGGACGCUAACAAGAACAUGAGCAACUCCCUCAUAGCUAGUAUACAAAGCGAGGUGGUUAGACAAACCAGCUGCACGGCUCUCGCCUCCCUGACGCAAAAUACUGUGUCGGCGCAGGGGGCUUCGACUGAUAAAAAUGUUCAGCAUGGCGAGGACAUGGUCAUUAUGCACCUACCCAAGGAUAGGGCACGCAAGACCCUGGUGAGCAUGGCCACUCAAACUGAUCUGCAGCCCGAGUUCCCCCUCUUGGCGCUCCCAACCGUGAGAAAGUCUCGUGAGCGGACGCGACGGAAUUAUCGGAAGCGACGGUGCCAUAGAUCGGCUUCAGGCUCAAACGGAUCGAGUUCCUCCAGUUCCUGCAGCAGCUUCGCGAGCUCCCGCUCGCGAUCCAAUUCCAUUGAGCAGCUGCGCAACCUGGAGGCAGCCGCCAAUUGUGGCGGAAGCAGUAUUGGCAACGGCGGCGGUUACUCCUCGCGUAGCACACACCGCCACCGUAGCUCGGUGAGCUCAUCAUCGUACUCAGAGGCAGGGAAGUACGAGCGCCGGCAACGUCGUACCAGUUACAACAAGCGGCGGUCCAAAAACCAAAAACGAAGCUCCUUCUCCUCCUCCGGGUCUGCAUCCGAGAACAGCGAUCGCGAUCGCAGCCGUAGCCCGCAUCGCAGAGCCCAGCGCUCACGCUCUCGCUCCAGAUCCGACACACGCUGCCAAAACAACAACAAUAGGCGCGGAUUCACGGACCGCAACGUAUCACAGCCGGCUGUGGAAGAGCGCCGCAUCGUCUACGUGGGUCGUAUUGAGCAGGAGACAACCAAGGAGCUGCUGCGCCGCAAAUUUCUGCCGUACGGCAGCAUCAAGCAGAUAACGAUACACUACAAAGAGAAUGGAAUGAAGUACGGCUUUGUGACGUACGAGAGAGCGCAGGACGCAUUUACGGCCAUAGACACGAGUCCCAGGGACCCGCAAAUCAACAUGUAUGAUAUUAGCUUCGGCGGCAGGCGUGCCUUCUGCCGGGCUUCCUACGCUGACUUGGAUAACGCUGGUAUCAACAACUACCACACGUAUGUGUUUCCCCAGGAGACCCCAGCUCCGAAGGUGCAGGAGGAGGAUUCCUUCGAAGCGUUGUUAAGGAAAGUGAAGGCUAAGCUUAAUGCUGGCAAGCCUACACCCUCAGAGGCGGCACCUGUUGCUUCGGAGGCACAGCCUGUACCUCAGAAUCAGGAACAGAAAUGACAUAUUGGCAGAAAAAGGUUAACAUUCGCAUUUUUGCAUAUAUCUAUAAUCUGAGAAUGUGUCCUCUUUAACCUGCUUGUAUCUAUCUGCAUAAAUAGUAGACCAAUCCCCGAAGUUUCUAGCUGUCCCACUGAAAAGCCUGAUUAUGAUAACUCAUCAUAUUAACUAGUUGACAGCGACAGCAAUUUACACACUAGGAUAAAUUUAAUGACCGAUAAUGAAAAGAAAACAAAAACAAAACGGAAACAACAAGAAAUUGAAACGAAAAUGGAAUUGUGAUAACAGCGUAAUGCAAACAAAGUCAUUUAUUGCAUGUAAGUUAGCAGAAGAUCCAUAGAAAUAGUUAAACCAAUCCGAUUCGAGCUUCUUAACAAUCUAUCAAACCACCAAACCAAUGGAACUGAAUACAGAAACAUCCACCCAUCCCACUAUAAUAGCAGUAACAACAAUGAAACAGGUAACAAGGACGGACAGGCCGUAUAUCUUACAAAAACAAAGAAAACACAAAUAAAAUAUUUGAUAGAGAGCAAAGAACGCGCAUGCAGCAUGUGUCGGCCACGAAUUAAACUGUUGAUAACUAAACUUUGAUAUUAGUUUGUAAAGAGAAUAUUUUGUACGUACGUUUAAUUUAAUCAUUGAUUAGCAACCAACCAACCAACCAUCAACCACAAAAGCUGCACUUAAGCUAGCCUCUAACUACAUAUGUUUAGAAUCCGGCAACACAGACUGAUAGACAGAUCAGUUGAGUUUCUUUCGUUUUUUCUAAUAGAAAUUUUUUAAAUUUGUUCAAGUCAAUGUACUUGAACAGACUCUGCUUAAAGCCCGUUAUUAAUUUAGGAACUCUACGCUUUCGUUAGCUACAAUUAAACAACAAAUGAGUUUAAACUAUGCCGAAGAACACUAUGAAAGACGCAACUAUUUGUAACCUAGGCGCAAAGAAAACGUAUUUUAAGUAUAAAACACAAAUUGUUCUUUAAGUUUUUUGUACUAUUCUCGUUUUGAUAAUUUAAUAAAUUCUUGCUAGUUUCAGGAAAAUGAA